UUAUCUUCAUACGCAUCGUACAUUCAAAGCGGACGAAGGAAGUCAAUUUAUUUAAUUACUCACUCGCCGACAAACAAACCGAGCUUGCGCAAUCUUAUCACCAUCAUCACCAUUAUCAAAGACGUAAAAACACCCUUGCUAAAAUAAAGUUAUAUAUACAAAAGUUUUCCCGCCAAUAUCGAAUAUAAACGUCCAUACCAAUAUAAACUGUAGGAACUAAAAAAUAAGGUUUCGAAUUGAUAAUCUAUAAUUUUCUUUAGUUGGAAGGGGAUAGCAAUAUCGUUAUUACAUUCUACACCGCUCUAACAAUGACCACAAACACAGGUUUUUUAGCCAUCUCUCUCGCUCUCGGUACGAUAAUCAUUAAGGUCUCUUUCUCACUUCGCUGUUAAGCGCGGGUUCCUUUAUUUCUUUUUUCUUUAGUAUGGUACUAUUCGAGCGGGUGAACACUCGUCGAGCCGCUUCGCGCGUAAAUUGAGUCUUGUUUAUUUUGUGACGGUUUCUUUCGAACUUUUAUGAACUAUGGAAUUAACUUAAUGGAUUAUUUUCAAGUGAUGUGACAAAACUGUUAGGUUAAUUUCGAAGAGUGGCUUGAUUUGUCUCCUCAAAAUGGAAUUGAGGACCGUGUUUUGGACAGUUGUCUUGGGCCUGAUUUUUGGUGCGGAGGCGGGGAUGAUGGGUGAUCAGUGCGACUGGAAUGGCAGUGGCCUGACCAGCAACGCGGAGCGGGGUGUGACACCAGUCUACCUUCGAUGUCGGGAAGGGCUUGUGUCGUGGGUGUACCCUCGAGGCGCGCUGAGGUUGCUCUUCAAGCCGCCCAUGCCCGCUGACGAGCGCGACUUCCAUGUUUGUGUGAGAGUCGUACGACGACCAGAUCCGCCUGACUUGUUCCACGAUGACCGGUUUAACGAUACAAAAGCCGAACGCUUCCCCGCUCGGUUGUUCAUCGAGGGCGCUCACAAACUGGUGCCCCUGUAUGCGUCGGAUGACGGGGACCCGCGCGAGCUCCGCUGCUUCCGCAGCCGCCGCGGCCGGGCGGCGCUCUACGUGGAGGCCGAGCCCGAGGAAGGCACCAAGCGCCGCGAGGCCACCCUGAGAUACGAGGCCAGGCCCCUGAACAGGCGGCACUAUGAUCCUGCCACGGCGGAUUGCAGGCCGUGCACCGAGGAGGAACUGGAACUCGCCUUCUGCACAAGUGAUUUAGUGUCUCGCGGAACAUUCGUGGGCGCCGAGCAGCGCUUGGACCUGGACAGCACGCAGCUCACGCUGCGGCUCAGCAAGCUCAUCCGCGCCACCGGCAGCGCCGGGCCCGAUCCCCGCACGGACGACACGGCGGAGGAUAAUUACUAUAGGUACGAAGUAGACAACGCGCUCGAGCGCACCACGCCCCGCAGCCGCCGGCGGCGACGGCCGCGCAGCCUGCACGCGCACGUCCACGUGGCGGCCGCGUGCGGCGCCGAGCCGGGCGCCGGCGAGUUCCUCGUCAUGGCGCGGCGGCGGCUCGGCCGCUACUCGCUCGUGUGCGCGCCGCGCCUCGAGGACUGGGCGCUGCUCGUCCACAGGCGGGCGCGGGACGGCACUGCGCACUGUUCGCUGCAGCAUUAGAGCCGCCAUACACGGACUGCUCGAGCGGUAACCCAGUGAUCAACAUACACGGACUGCUUUUGCAGCUUGACCGCAUAAUGAUAUUUCACCGCGCAGCCAACCGCCAGAAGCAGUUGCAACUGCUUGAGCGGUUCGUGUAUUGCGAAUGACGAUUUUGUAUUGAAACUGCAGAUCACCCAACGGCGACCGCUUGAAGCUGUUGGCACUGACUGCUCAUAGCAGUCCGUGUAUGGCGGCCCUUAGACCCGCCGACAGUGCAGGAAUAAACCAAGUGUCAACAGUGCAUAUUAUUUCAGUCCGUUCGAUUCAUGUUUAUAUUGGAACUGAUGUUUUUCCGAAUAUUUCAUUGAACAAAUUUGAAGUGCCUAACCGUCGAACGGUUAUUAUCGCUAUAAGCUGCAGGCUUCUUCCAAAGACCGUCUAAAUACGAUUUCAGGUCAAAUCAAAAAUUAAGCGGAGUACACUAAAUUGUAUAAACAAAAAGCCAAUAAACAAAAAAAAAAGGUUUAACCUAGUUUUACACUGUAAAAUAAAAAUAAGGGAUAUGUAGAGUAAAACCAUUGUUGACGUAGGUAUUUAUUCCGAGAGACAGAUAUUACUUGCGGAAUAUAAGCGGAAUUGGCGUUGCCACAGUGAAAACGACAUCUCGUGAUUUUUUAAGACUCAUUUUUUUGCAAUAUGAGUAUGAUUCGGUCUAUAAUCGAUUGAUAUCUGUGUAUGAAACAUGCAAACUAUAAACUACUAAAUGGUUCUAAACUGGAUAAUACGUGAAAUUGUUGUGCCUAUAAAAUUUACAAAUUAUGUAAUAAUUUUUAGGUGCAUUAAACUAAAAGAAACUUAAAAUUGCUUGCCAUAGAAAAUUGCUAAAUGAUGCAAUACUGUAAAGUACAUAUAUCUAAAAGAAUAGUAACAUAUUGUUUUCUAUCUGUACAUAUACCUAGUUAUAUUUUUAAAUAAUAUGCCGCUAUAUCUGAAACAGCAAUAUGCGUGAAUAUUUUUUACACGUGCACGAGAUACACGUAUAAGAUGUAGAGGUACAAGUGCAAGCGAAACAAUUACAUGUAUCAACAUUCAAAACACUAUUGCUAUUUUAGAUGUCGCGUUAUAUUUAGGUUUAACAUUCAAAAUGUGGUCCUACGUGCCAAAUCUGUAAGAUCUUCAGAGUAGAUGUAAGGUUGAUCUCAACUUGUAGAUAUUAUAUUAUCAUAGAAAGGGAUAUGUUUAGAUGAAGAAAUGAGAGUUAUAUUAACUAAUGUUUGACUUGAGGCAAACAAGUGAAUUCAUAACAUUUGGAGCAGAAAAAUGUAUGGGAGAAGUUUUAUGAGAAAGCCAAUUUGUAAAAAAAAACAUUCAAUAAUUUGGAGAUUCUGAACAAACUGAGCAUGGGUUUUACUGUUACAAAACUACCUUCAUAAAAAGUAUAAAUACUAAAAAUAAAAACUCUUGCACUAUUUUUUGGAAGCACCCAAAAUAAUUAUUGUACACUACAUCUCCCUUACCUAACAUAUGUCAAAUUGGAAUAUUAACAAUAUUGCUUUGUAAAUAAUACAUUCUAGCCUCACCUCGCUUCUGUGCUUCCAGCAAAAAAAAACUAUUUUUUAUUCCAGAUGUAAUAGUUUUGCUAAUAUAUAAAUCAUAUAGUAUGUACAAUAAAUAGAAUAUGAAAUGUGAAUACCUAUUAAUUUUAAAUUUGUACAAUUCGUAAGUAUAGUUUUGAUAUGUGAUAUAGUUUACAACGAAUGUAUUGAAAAGUGCCUAUUGUACAUAGAAAUUAUAAAGAGUUUGAUAUUAUUGUUUAUGAACUACGUUGUAAAUAAAGUAAGGUAAAAACUGUUGAAUAUAAGAUUUUAAAGA